UUAAUUUAGAUGGUCAUAAUUUGUUUUCUGCUUAGUUUUGUGAUUCUCUUUUGAAUUCUUGAUUUCUAUUUGAGUGAUUAUGUUCAUUUAUUAUCCCAACACAGACGAUAGAAACAUCACAAAUAAGAAAUUGGAUUACUAAAAAUGGAGGGCAAUCACUGGUUGAACUGGGCAGUUUUAGUUCCAGUCCUAUUUUUUCUUCUAGCAGCAAAGUUUAUGUUUCACAAACUGAAAAUCCCCAAGAACCUCCCACCUAGUCCACCAGCCCGUCCUAUAGUAGGCCAUUUCCACCUGCUAAAGCAACCAGUGCAUCAAACUCUACAUGAACUUGCUAAAAAGUACGGUGAGAUCUUAUUUCUUAGAUAUGGGAAUCGUAAAGUACUAGUCAUCUCCUCGCCUUCAGCAGUUGAAGAAUGUUUUACUAAAAACGAUGUCAUAUUUGCAAACCGCCCUCGCUCGCUUGCUGGGAAGCAUCUAAACUACAACUGUACAACUAUGGGUUCCUGCAACUAUGGUGACCACUGGCGCAAUCUCAGACGCCUCACAACUAUAGAGCUCUUCUCUACUAGCCGUACUGCAUCAUUCUCGGGCAUCCGAACAGAGGAGGUUCGAUCAUUGCUCAAACAACUAUUUCUGAACUCAAAAGGAGAAUCAUCUAAGGUGUCACUGACAUCAAAGUUUUUGGAGCUUACUUUCAAUAACAUGAUGAGGAUGAUUGCAGGAAAAUGUUACUACGGAAAAAAUGUCAUUGAUCAAGACGGUGAAUUGUUGCAGGAGAUACUAAAAGAAACGGAGGCACUUCGUGGGAGCUCAAACCUAUAUGAUUACUUUCCAGUGUUGCGAUGGGUGGAUUAUCAAGGAGUGGAAAAGAAGAUGCUGAGAUUGAAAAAGAAGAUGGACAGCUUCUUACAGGACCUAAUAGAGGAGCACCGCAGAGCAAGGGCGGAGACCGAGUCAUCAGCGACAUUGAAUCUGCACAAAGCAAGCAACCAAAAGUUGGACAUGACUCUAAUAGAUGUUAUGUUGUCGCUCAAAGAGACCGAGCCAGAAUUUUAUACUGAUCAAACCAUCAAAGGUGUUAUACUGACAAUACUGACUGCAGGAUCCCAAACAUCAGCAGCCACACUGGAGUGGGCAAUGUCGCUUCUACUUAACCAUCCAGAAGCAUUACAAAAAGCAGUUGCUGAAAUAGAUGUUGUUGUUGGAAUAGACAAGCUGUUAAGUGAAACAGAUGUACAAAAGCUAAGUUUCCUGCAAAACGUAAUUAAUGAGACAUUUCGACUCUUUCCAACUGCACCCCUUCUAUUACCACAUGAAUCAUCUGCAGAUUGCACUGUUUGCGGGUAUGAUGUGGCCCGGGGGACACUUUUACUGGUCAAUACUUGGAGCAUGAACAGAAACCCCAAGCUCUGGGAGGAUCCUGAAAAAUUCAUGCCAGAGAGGUUUGAAGGUGGAGAAGGUGAAGAGAACAAACUGCUUCCAUUCGGUGCUGGAAGGCGAGCUUGUCCGGGGGCUGGUCUAGCCAAACGAGUAAUAAGCCUAACCUUAGGUUCCUUGAUUCAGUCUUUUGAAUGGGAAAGGGUUUGCAAAGAAGAGAUCAACAUGGAAGAGGGAACAGGGCUUACCAUGCCUAAAGCUAUCCCAUUAGAGGCAUUUUGCAAACCUCGUCAAGCCAUGGUCAACCUUCUUUCAACACUAUGAAGUUCACCAGAAUAUUUAUCUCUAAGAGAACCUAGGGAGUGCAUGCUUCCCGGAACCAAAAAAGAUCUAAUAGGGUAUCCGUCCUUAGAACAACACCUAUUAAUAUUUGAAAAAGGAAAGUUGUUUAAGCAUUUUGUGAUAGGUUUUCCAUGACUUUAGGUAAAUCAAAACGCUCUAAAUCUUAAACCCUGCUGCAGUAUAAUUCCCUUGAAUUAGACUGUUAAUUUUCAUGAUUGAUUGUGAAACUCUCUAAUUUUUUCUAUUGUACACAGUAGCCACUGAUAUUUCUAAUACUUUAUAAGAGUGGUUAACCUGAUUUUCCUGAA